CUCUCGGUGACUGCAGUACGAGAACCAGAGCCGAGAGGGAUUCUCCUCAGACGACAAGCAAUUGUCCUGCAUUGUCGACUCUCGGUUGACCGUCGUUGGUAUUGUAGAGUGACUAUACGCUCCUCGGCGCGCUCGUUGCGUGACGGAGUGGCGAGAAAGACGAGAUCAAACAAGCGGUCAAGGUUGCCAACGUCUGGAUGUCGGUCACCGUCUAUGGUGCGGACUACGAUCAGCAAAUGUCGGAAGCUAUGUUAUAAAACAUUGCUCGGCGCUUGCUCUUCUAACACAGAUUCAACCCAAGUUCUUUUCCUCCACCCCUACGCGCUCAAAGCACUCAAUAUGCCCACAUUCACCGCAUCGACCACUUCAACGCAGCUCCCAUUGCUAGGCGUAACUCUGGCCGAGCUCGCUGCACGUCUGCUCGAAGAUCGUCCACGCACGCCAGAAUACAUGCGGGCGGAAUACCUUGAUCAAGUCAUGUCGCCUUGGAACUUCGAUUUCUCGUCGAACAUCGCAUUGCCUUCGCGCGCGCUAUGCGAUCUGGUCGCCGACACCCCGAUUGAGCCCGAUGGUGACAUUAUUCAGGCCAUUAUUCACGCUGGUGUUCAAGCUGUCGACGACCCAGACGUCAUCGCUGGCGUCGACUUGAACGAAGUCUGCGUGUAUGGACCAUUCUCAGUGGCAGGGCUUGAGGAACCGAUCCUGCUAGCGAUGUACUCUCAGCCGCUACCCGUGUCGACUCUACCUGAGGAUGUCAGUCGUGCGGCUGCCAGUGCUGCAUCUGCCUUCCAGCCGUCAGAGAUAGAAAUUAGGUCCGCGCGACAGGCGAUUUGGGACGCGGGACGCGAUCAGAACUGCAAGCUCGUCCAUCUCUGUCCCAUUUGCGAGAAGACGUAUACCCGCAAGUCGUCCCUUAAAGAUCAUCUCCGAACCCACGCAAACAAAUGCGAGUACGUGUGCGACGGACCAAACGGCUGUGGUGCCAGGCGAAACACAAAGCACUACCUGCUCAGUCACCAGAAGCAUUGCCACCAUGGUGCACAUGUCGUGACCAGCCAAGAGCAUGAGCAUUGAUGAGCGCGAACCCCGUCUAUGUAUUUGUCAUUCUCAUAACUGUCUCAUUGAGCUCUCUGUAGCUGUAUGAUACCUUGUAGCAUACCUGCAUACUGCAUAAUGAGUUAUACGUUCUAUUCGCUGGA